CCCAUCUAGCCUGAGGCUGGCGCCCGCUUGGUCCAAUACCACUCACUCAGGACUCAGGAUGGCUGCCGCCCGCCGCUGCCUCUCUCUGCUGCUCCUGUCCGCCUGUGUGGCUCUGUUGCUGCAACCGCUGCUGGGUGCCCAGGGAGCUCCGCUGGAGCCCGUGUACCCAGGGGACAAUGCCACGCCGGAGCAGAUGGCCCAGUAUGCGGCUGAGCUCCGCAGAUACAUCAAUAUGCUGACCAGACCCAGGUAUGGGAAAAGAGACAAAGAGGACACGCUGCACUUCUUGGAGUGGGGCUCCCCCAACGCUGCCACCAGGGAGCUCAGCCCGAUAGACAUGUAAUGCCACCUCCCACCUAGGCUCCAUGGCAGUGCCAGCCGGCUCUCCCCUCUGCUCCCUUGGCUCUGGCCACAGCCCACUCCUUGCUCCCAUAUUGGCUAAAUAAAGCAAGUCAAAGUCACA